GAGGAAAUGGCCGCUAACUUAGCUCUUGCAAUGGAGGUCCAAUUAGACUCAGAGGGGCCGCUAGGUACUUGUCUCGCGGCGGUGUCGUUGUCGGGGGUGAAGGAAAGAAGCCCUGGUGAGCAGGCACUGAAGUGCAAGGCAUCGAGCUGCGAAAUGCGCAAUGCAACCCCCUCGUACCCUGCGCAAUCGAUAGGAAGCGACGGGAAUCGAGCGCUAGAUCUUUGUGAGCAGAUUGUGCGAGGCUAAGUGGCAAUGCGCAGAGCUCGCAAUGCAGUUUGCAAGUGCAGCGUAGCUGACGGGAACAAGCACAGGGAGUGCAUUGUGGUGGCCACCAGAAUUUGCACCAAACAAAAGGAUGAGCAGAUCGUGUUGAUUCGUUGAUGUGUGAGGCCCGUCUUUGAGAGCUUUCUCUAAGUCUUGGCUUAAGCUCUCAGUUGAUCGGCACUGAGAGUUGUCUCUGCUUCUUGGCUUAGAAAAGGUUCUGAUGCUUCAACUCUGAGCACCCUUGUGCGGCGAGGGCACCCCAGGAAGGCGGGAUGGCUGGUCCCACAAGCCACUCUGGUGGGUCGUCCUCCAUGGCCGCUGACCUCAGCAACGACGGUGAGCAGCCGUCGCACCCGCGGCGGCCCGAGUUCGGGGGGGGUCCCCAGAAAACCUUCCCCAUGGGAAUGCACCCUGCGGUGCUGCCGGUCCCUGCCUUUGGGAUGCAAAACGGGUUCAGGGGGUCAAUGAUGCCCCCCCCGGAUGGGAUGGUCCCAAUGGGGGGCAUGGUUUCGGGGCCUGGGAUGGUGUUCCCAUUUCACCCGGGUAUGCGCAUGAUGCCUGGGCCAGUUCCCAUGAUGCCGCACGGUUUCUCCGACCACAUGAUGGGGCGCCAGUUCCCGCGACCGUUCAUGAUGGGCCAACACCCCCACAACCAGGUGGGGAUGCUCAAUGCGGGGAUGGAGGCCGGGGUUCUGCACUUCCAGCAGAAUCACCGGCCGCGCCACCGUCCUGAAGGGGGGCAGAACCACAGGAGGGAGUACAGUUCGGGGUCCGCGGGGUCCGGCGGAUCAGGCGACCUGCGGUCGUCCACGUCGGGGGUGAGCGUGCAAGAAAUGAAGGAGCUAGAGGACUUGCUGUCGAAGCUGAACCCCCUAGCGGAGGAGUUUGUGCCGCCUGGAACGGAGGAAGGGGGAUCGGGAGUCGGCGGGUCGUCACUGCAGGGGGGCCAGAGUGGAAAAGGAAAGAAGAAAAAUGGUGUUUCGGGUGGGAAGAGGAAGGGUGGUCGCAGCGGCAGGGCGCACCGGGAAGACAGCAUCAAGCGGACGGUGUAUGUGUCGGACAUCGACCAGUCGGUCACAGAAGAGCAGUUAGCUUCAGUGUUUUUGCAAUGUGGUCAGGUUGUAGAUUGUAGAAUCUGCGGAGACCCCAAUUCGGUGCUCCGCUUUGCGUUUGUUGAGUUUGUAGAUGAAGAGGGGGCGAGAAACGCGUUGAGCCUAGCUGGCACAGUAAUGGGCUACUACCCUGUGAGGGUGCUCCCAUCGAAAACGGCAAUCAUUCCGGUGAACCCGACGUUCUUGCCACGGAGCGAAGACGACAGAGAUCUUUGCAGCCGCACGGUCUACUGCGCAAACAUCGACAAAAAGGUUACCCAGGCUGACGUCAAGCUGUUCUUCGAGUCCCUCUGUGGGGAGGUCGGGAGGCUCAGACUUCUGGGCGAUUUCCACCACUCGACCCGGAUAGCCUUCGUUGAGUUUAUCCAUGCGGAGAGUGCAAUGGCGGCGCUAAACUGCAGCGGGGCUAUUCUGGGCUCGUUGCCAAUCAGGGUGAGUCCGUCCAAGACGCCUGUUCGCCCUCGGUCGCCGCACCCCCACCACAACCGUUGAUCAUGACAAUUUCGGCCGAGCCAUGUUCUUCAAUGAGAUCGUAGCUGUGAUUACAACGGGAGUAGGUUUAGGCCAUCCUCGAGUAGAUGGUGAGGAGAAUAAGGGGGUGCCAGGCUCCUGCGGGAGUGCUUGAGUUUUUCAGAUGUUUUGUCCCUCCAGGUGAGCGGAACGCGAUAAAGACCAUUUUUUGGGCGACUAGCGCCCACCUUACAGCAUUGUGUGCAUGCAUCAUCUGUGUUGCUUAACGCAUUAGUACAGGACGAGCUUAGGUAUAGGGGGAGUAGUGUGCAUAUUGUGAGAAGUUGUGCAAGGUCCUGUUGAUAGCUGCAAAUAUGAGUACGUUGAUUGGCAAAACUUAACCCUAGUGCAAUUCGAAGUAGGAGCGGUGAGGCGACUUGUUGCUUUGGGACUCUGAGUUGAUAACGGUUGUGGUACACGCUUGCCACUUGGAUUGUUU